ACUUGCUCAAUCCGUAAGCUCCGCCCCUUAUGUUCUCAGCUCCCUCCAGCAAGCGGACUGUCAACUCACCGCGCAACUUUACUCAAUCACUGGAUUUUACAUCACUUUUGGAGUACAAAAACUUACUUUUACGGCGUGAAACGUUAUCGGACCUGCUUUGGAGGAGAUGGAGAUUUAGAAGGGGUGAUUGUCGUUGUAACGAGUAAGAUUUGGGUCAUAUUUAGUGUUUGAUGGCUGCUGGGGAUGGAGCCCAGCUGCCGGCGACCGUAGCGGCCAGCAGGAGCGUGGAGAAGGCGCUGGAAGAGGCUGCGUCCAGCGGAGCGCUCAUCCUGUCCAACCGUAAACUAAAAGAGUUCCCCCGCACCGCCAAGAACUAUGACCUGUCCGACAUUACACACGCAGACCUGUCAAAGAACCGGCUCUGUGAGGUGCCAGAGGAGGUGUGUCAAUUUGUUUCUCUGGAGACGCUCAGCCUGUACCACAACUGUGUGCGAUCGCUCACGCCCAGCCUGUGCCAGCUGCAAGCCCUCACCUACCUCAACCUCAGUCGCAACCAGCUGUCAAGUCUACCACCAUCAGUAUGUCAGCUCCCUCUCCUGCGGGUGCUCAUUGUCAGCAACAACAAGUUAUCGGUCCUACCGGCCACCAUACACACACUCACACACCUGCGACAACUGGAUGUGAGCUGUAAUGAGCUACAGUCACUUCCUGUUGAGCUCGGCCAGUUAGAAUGUUUAAGAGAUUUAAAUCUGAGAAGAAAUCAGCUUACAACUUUACCAGAAGAGUUGUCAGAGUUGCCCCUCGUCCGUUUGGAUGUGUCGUGCAACCGCAUAUCCCACAUGCCUGUGUGCUAUCGACAUCUGCGGCACCUCCAAAGCAUCAUCCUUGACAACAACCCCCUCCAGAUGCCCCCUGCCCAAAUCUGCUCCAAAGGAAAGUUCCACAUCUUUAAAUAUCUGAACAUGGAGGCCUGCAAAAGGACUCAGGACCAGUUUGAGAAAGCUCUGCGGCCCAACACCUUCAACAGCUGUCUGGAUCAGGACCUGUUCCCGGGUCAGUAUGGUGGCCUGGAUUCUGGCUUUAACAGCGUGGACAGCGGCAGCAAAAGAUGGUCAGGAAAUGAGUCUGCUGAUGAUUUCUCGGAACGGUCAUUGCGAUUGGCUGACAUUUCCCGCGAACACACAAAUUUUCAAGAGGAAGAGGAGAGCGAUAUGUUACUAGAUACACCCAAAGUGAAUGGAGAGCUGGAGCAAGUGGAUUUCAUAGACAACAACGUAAUGGAGGAAGAGGACAGAUGUCACCCUCCACUUACAGAGCCCCCUCAGGAAAAGAGUGAUAGUACCAGCAGCACACCCUCCCAUAGCCCCGAAUCUACAGGGAGCAGGAUAUUUGUGAUUGGAGAUGGUUCAGACUCCGGCUCACCAUCCAGUCCCACUCUAGAGGAGAGGAGAAGACCUGGAAACCUGCUCAUCUGGCAAGAAAGAGAAAGAGCCCAGCAGCAGAGAGACAAGGCCAGCACUUUGCAGAAGAUAAUUGUAAAAACAGGAAGUAACUUGGCGACCACGACGACAAAGCACGGAGGAGCAGGAAGCAUUUCAAGUGGUGAUUCAGAUAGCAGCUCUCCACCCAACGGCCCGAAACAGAGAUGUGCAAGUGUAGAUCAGGUUUCUCCAUCCACUCAAACGGUGUCUUUACAGCGCUCCAUCAGUCGCACAGAUGCAUCCUGCGUGAAGCCCGGUUCUCCUACAAGUUCUGCUCCCAAACCCAACAGCUUCUUGUUCCGCACGUCCUCACGCUGCAACGUCAAGACUGGAUCAGGAAACAGUUUGGCAGAGUCUGGUCGCAGUGAAUCACGCGCCACACUCAGAUCCCCACGAGAGGAGAGAACAGACGUCUUGCAACUGCGUAAAACUCUGGAGACGCGUCUGAAGAUCUCUCUGCCUGAGGAUCUGGGAGAGGCGUUGUCCAAUGGCACAGUUCUCUGCCAAUUGGCCAAUCACGUGCGACCUCGUUCUGUGUCAAUCAUCCACAUCCCCUCACCGGCAGUGCCAAAGCUGAGUGCUGCCAAGUGCCGCCUCAAUGUUGAAAACUUCAUUGCUGCAUGCCGUAGACUUGGAGUCCCUGAGAUGGAGUUGUGUUUAGCGUCUGAUAUCCUGUGCAGUAAGCUACCUGCAGUGCACCGCUGUGUGACGGCGCUCCUGGCAAUUGCAGGCGGAGAGGAGGAGGAGGUGAACGAGGACAAGAACAGCACCUCUGCCUCUCCUUCCUCCCCUUUUUCCACCGGCUUCCUGCUCUUCUACUCUCUCCUCAUGGCUUUGCUCUAUAUGUUAUACUGCCAGCUUAUAGCAUAGUGCGAGCGAGCAUCAAUGUGUAAAUGUAAUGGAUACAUCACCUCUGUACUGUGUACACACAUUGUUGACAAAACCUGUGUAUAUAUACAUAUAUAUAUAUAUAAUUCCCUACCCAUAAUGCCUUUGAGCUUACACAUUAAAGCUCCCCACAGAUAUUUUAAAAGGAUUGGAAACAUAUAUAAGAACCAAUACUGACAUAUUGAAAUAUAUUGCAAAUUAUCAGAGGUCUUGAUCGAAUAUAUACACAUUUUUCCACAUCAAAAAGUUAUACACAACUCAUCAAUGGUCACAUGCUCCAAUUUUUUUUUUUGAGGAUGUUGACUUUAUCUGUACAUAGAUGUGGUUUCCACUCAUGAAGGGCUUUUCCACCUGAUUGCCUUAGCAUUGCUGUUGAUCCUAGGAUAGAUUAUACGCCUUCUCGAGGGAAUGACUGUCUUUGUAAGGGAUCUUGUUAUCCUAAGAGUUUUAAAGCACUGGCACAAACUCCCCAUCCCAUUUUUUCCCCCCUCUUGAUGGGCUUUAAAAUGGCUUGUAUUUGGUUUGCAUGGUCAUCAUCAAAGUGCCUCAGAAGCUUGUAGGUUCCUUCUGCUCACACGGCAGUGCAAAUUAGUUUGUAGCAUUUGGUAAAUAUGUUAACAGUGUGGUGAUGGUACUUCUCAGCUGAUUUUGGUUUAAUUCACAUGUUGUAGAUAUCUGUUAGGGUUGGGACUGCGUGGACUAUUUCACUUUCCUGUUCUGUCGCUCUUGUCUUGUUGACUGUGACCACCAGAGGGCAGUGCUGUUACUAAACUGUUCCUUCAACAUUUUUUUGAUGGUACUAAUAUGAUUCAAAGCUGUGUUAACGUGUUUUGUUUUUGUUUUGUAUUUUUUGUUUUAUGAAUGUUCGUUUUGGUUUUCUUGAGAGCAUCUUAAUAUAAUUAUUGUAUGCAAACUGUUCACAAUUAAGUUAUUGUUUCAGUUUAUUUAUGUUUUUCUCUGUUCUGCUGAAGCCGCAUUUGGUGGAAACCCAGUCUCAUUGAGCACAUUACUUAAAUUUGACUGAUUAAAUUGAACCGAUUAAUUGAGUAAUAUGCUUAUGAUAACUCCCAUGAUCAUAUUGAGCUGAAAAAAAAAAAAACGUAAGACUUUGGGGAUAUUAAUAUCUUUUAAACAUAUGUAUGUUUGUUACUGCUUACGGAUAAGCAGACAUUACCAAAUUACAAAUUACACUUUUUUUUUUUCUUUUUCUUUUUUAAUUGAAGAUGAAAUGGUUGUGAAUCCUGCUUCUCCACAAGCCUCUUCAGCUGUCAUUUCCUGAUUCUAAAUGUGGCCGUAGUGGUUUUGUAGUCCUGUAAUGUGCCAUGAGCACCCAUCUUCCGCGGUGCUGUAUGCUGAUGUUGCUUUUGUAUUCCGUGCCUACUUAAUGUGAUUUAGGAGCUUUGCCGACAGUUUACUAACGAGCAGCCUCUCAUCUGCAGAGAACGAUAAGAGGAGAGAAUGAGUGUGUGUGUGUGUGUGUGUGUGUGUGUGUGAGAGAGAGAGAGAGAGAGACUGGGAAACAAGGGUAGGUGAAGGGAUGUGCUGUGGAACUAGUUACCAACAUACAAUCUCUCACCCUACAAUGUCUUAAACAUAUUUUAAGGGAGGUUGUUCAAACAUAUGUAAGUUGAUGGGGUUUUAUAACACUAUACAUUGUUGUCAAUGCUAAAGCUAAUCAUAAUAGACAUUUAAUUUAAAAUGAAUCCACUUUGAUAAUGAACACAUUUAGCUUAGAUGGACUUUCUCACAGUUGCUCUAGAGGCUUCAGCCAUAUAAAAUAAGGAUUGUCAUAUGCUACAUGUUGAAGGCUUUUACAGAAGAUGACUGAUAAUUCUACCGUCCUUAUACAUACGCUAGACACUAGAUCUAAACGAAUGUUUCCGUCCAAAUGUUUCCUAGUUAAAACUGUUGCAACACAUGAAAUGUAUUUUGUUAUAUUUAUAAAAUACUGUGUAUUUAAGAAGUUAAGUUUAUAUUGAUAUAAAGGUGUUUUUUUUUUUUUUGUCUGUAAAGAAAUUAUUAAAAAAAGGAAACACUGA